AUGGCAAUCUGUACCUUCUUCCAGCAGGGACGCUGCAGAUUUGGAGAACGCUGCAAGUUUGAGCACCCUCGCCAAACAUCUGCUACUUCACGGCCAUCUGACAACAGAUUUGCAACAUUUGGAAGUGGAAAUCAGCUAGGUGCCGGACCCAAUAAGGGACUGAAUCAACCUGCACCGGGCUUGAAAAUAACCACAGAUGAUAUCAAAAAUGACUUGACUGUGGGUGUAGGCAGGCCAGACUGGGUUUUCUCUGCAUAUGCCCCAGCAAAAAAUGCCCCCCGUCAGCUAUUUGGGGGUCCUCAGCGCGAACAGAGCAUGGAAGAGAUGCGUCUCCUUCAUUACCAAGCCGUUGCAGCAGGAAACUCACAGGCAGCUAUACAGCAAGCUCAAACUCUAUGGCAAGAAUCAACUCAGCAGAUGGAUGCCGCGCUGAAGGACCUUAAUGGUGCUGUUCGCUACGUUAUUGACGGUGAAAAGGAACACCCUAAUCGUAUUGAUAUGACAGAGGGAAGCUCUGGUUCCCAGACACAGAACGUCUUUGCUCAAACUGCGACUCCUGCAGCAAGCAACGGUGCAUUUGGUAGCCCUACUCCGGGUUGGGGUCAAGCUACGCAACCUGCACAAACACAGCCGGCGCCAUUUGGACAAUCUACACAGCCGACACCAUUUGGACAAUCUGUACAGCCGACACCAUUUGGACAACCCUCGACACUAGGACAAGCAGUUGGUUUUGGACAACCUUCCACUCUUGGCUCAAAUUCUACAUUUGGUGGUGCACAAGGAUCUUCUAGUGGGUUUAGCCAGUCUGGGUUUGCUCGAGCCAUAAAUAACCCCUCUCCUUUCGGUCAAGGUGGCAUGCAAACCCAAACCCAAACCCAAACUCCAUUUGGCCAAGUCAAUCAGAACCCGAACAAUGCUUCACCUUUUGGUCAGCCUGCCGCUCAGCCUAACCCCAGUCCCUUUGGUCAACCUUCUCAGAAUGCGAAUCCUUUCGGCCAGACUCAGCCCCAGCCAGCACAAUCAAACUUCUUCAGCCAGCCAGCACCUGUGUCCAGCGGAUUUGGUACAGUCCAAUCAGCUACUCCAUUUGGUCAGCCCGCUGCUCCCCAAGGCGUCCCAACCCCUCCAAAUAAUGCGGGCCCACAGGCGUGGGUUACUGCCAGCAACCCUAACGAACUGGCCCCUAUUCCCAAGCUAGAAGGUGAAACACGCCGUGAUCCUCACACAAACCGUCUCGUGCAAUGGAAAGGGCGACCAGUGCAGUACCUCCACGAGCAUCCCUGUUACCUUCAUCCCCAGGACAACCAAACCUGGGUGCGGAUCAUUUUUCCAGAAGGACCACCGGACCCAGCCAGUCUGCGUGACUCUCAGGGAAAAGCGGAAGAGUACACCCCCGAAAUCGAAGCCAUGUACAAGUUCUUCCAUGAAAACGGAUAUUGGCAGGAUGGCAUCAUUCCAUCGGUGCCACCCAAGGCGGAGUGGAUUAGCUAUAACUUUUAA